GUGGCGUGGUGGUGCCCGCCUUCGCGCGUGAUGUUGUGAGCGUGUGGUGGCAUUGUGGUGCCAGCCCAGUACGCCUACCUAAAGAAAAUGGGCUCAUAGCAUUAUUCACGGAAGAGAAAACGGACCGCUGCGUCCUGUUCCGACAUUGUUGGAGCCCAGACUGAGGUGGCAGACGCUCGCUGUUGCUGGCACGGCGCCAGAGAAGACUCGUUCACUGGGCCGCUGGGUGUAUUUUUAGCUCUUGGCUCAAGCUGUAGCUAUAAGCAUGGCAAGCCCAACUCCACAACUAAUUUUAGAUUGGUUGAGGCGGCAGUGGAGAGAAAUGGCUGAGCGGUUAGAUGAUUUUAUUUGCAGUUUUGAUCCUCCUACACCAGAGGGGAUGGAUCCAUUAACAGUGCUGCUGCUUGGAUGGGCGGUGUUUUGCUGUGUGCUGGCCGUUUUGCUGCAUUUUGUGAAGCGAUCAAGUAAAAGAGAAGUGGAUGGUGUAAAACAAGGUGUUCUUCAUGCUCCAAGUGACUCAGUCUCUGGCAAGGUGUCAUCAGUGGCAUCACAUAGCAGUGAAAGUGGGAAUGCUACCAAAGCUCCAGGUGCACAAAAUCUUGGUAAAGGCAGUGCCCUAGAUUCAGUGGAUCCAAGUUUCAUAUCAAGAGUACAAUCCUCUGUGCCAUUCAAGCAGGCUGUCGCGCACAGAGGACGAUCUCCGUCUCCAACCAAACCUGUCAAGAUCCCAUAUGUAUCUGGUGCUCCAGUGGCAAAUGGUCCAGAUGAAGAUAGUGUUCUCUGGGUGAACAAUGUGAUCAAUUGGAUCUAUGGUAAAGCUGAAGUACGGAACAGCAUAUCACAAGCAUGGCUGGCAGCACUGAACGAUCAUGCAACAAAGCUGUCAAAAGAGGCGGGCAUCAAUCUCCACUUUGUCGACAUCCGACCCGACUCAGAGCGACCCGACUUCUCCAACGUCGUGGUGGAGCCGGGGCCGAACGACAACAUGACCAUCACGGCGGACGCGCUGGCGCAGCCGCGGCUCACCACGCGCGUCACGUACCAGCAGGACGGCGAGACCCGCUCGGCCACAUACACCACGGACGUGUCCGUGCUGCGGGGCCGCCUCAACGUGGCUACGCUCACGCACCAAGCCAUGGCCGUCGGCAAGUUCGACGGCUGGCCCGAGGUGCAGAUGCAGCUGGAGCUGGCCGACGACAAGGGCCGCUCGAGCUCGCUGGAGGAGCAGAUCCGGCAGGAGGGCGCCAGGGAGGUGGUGACCGGCUGCUUGCGCGGCGCCGUGCUCGACCUCAACUUCGCGCGCGAGCCCGACUUCCCGCCGUUCGUUCGCCGCCAGGAGCUGGAGCGGGUCCGCAGCCUGUCCCGGGACCCGUCGGAGGGCGACGGCGGCGAACGCACCACCCGGCGCCUGCUGGUUAAGGUGCUGAAGGCGGCCGGUCUGGGCGCCACCAAAGGCUGCAAGGAACCGUACUGCGUGGUGGAGAUGGAUGAGCCGGCCCAGAAGUUCCAGACGGAGACCCGACUCGACACAGACCACCCGUUCUGGGACGAGGCGUUCAUCUUCGACCUGUCCCCCAACACGGGCGAGCUGCUGUUCGAGGUGUUCGACAAGCAGAAGCCGCGCGACACCAACUUCCUGGGCCUGGGCAUCGUCGGCAUCGAGGAGCUGCUGAUCAACCCGAGUCAGCGACAGAUCAUCCCGCUGCUGUCGCGGCCUUACGAGGAGGACCCGGUGUCGGGCUCGCUCACGGUCGAGUUUCUGUUCGUGGACGAGGAUGGCUCGCCAGUAGAGGAGGGGGCUCUGCCGCACCGCGUGACGCAGACCUCCGAGCGCCUGCUGACCUCCGGCGAGGUGCUGCAGACCACGCGCACCACCUACACGCGGCCGCAGGAUGAUGACGACGGCCGCUUCGUCAAGAGCAUGGCGCUCAAGGACGUGGACUCUAAGGCUCGCCCGAACGCCAAGAAGAGCACGCUCAUCAUUCACAGCUCGAAGAAGGAGAACGUGGACCUGCCGUCUGUGAAGGUUCAGCGCAAUAACGACGGCCUGUGGGUCGAAGUGCCGGCCAAGGACAACUUGGACGACUCCAUUCAGACGUCGGAGGCAGGCUCAGACGUGCAGGAGGCAGGCAGAAGCGGCCACUCCCCGUCGUCCGGGGACGAGUCGAGCCGCGGCCGCAAGCGGGCCAAGAAGCGCUCCUUCUUCGGGUCGUUGCGCAAGCGGCUGAGCGGCAGCAAGUCGCGCAGCAAGUCGAGCGAGCCGGGACAGGGCCGGGACGACUGGGAGGACGACCCCGGCCGCAGCGCCAGCCUCGACCGGAGGCACUACCUCACCGUGCCACGCGCUGAGGGCGGCGCCGCGGACGUGUCUGCCGGCGCAGUCGAUCCCUUCAGGCGGCCGCUGCCCGUCUCCUGCGCCGGCCGGCCCGGCGCGCCCGACGACAGCAGCCUCAGCGACAUGUCCGGAAUCAGCAACGCCUCCAACCGCACCUACAUCAACGACGAGUCCACCCUGGUGCUGGAGACCACGGAGAACGGCAUACUCAAACACUACUUAGUACCCAACAACAUGGCCAAGAGGUCCAAGUGGAGGAAGAAGGGCUCCAAGCUGCACAUUUACAACGAGCACGUGUUCGUGGCGAAGCAUCUGCCCAGCGCCCUCUGUUCGGUCUGCGAGAAGUCGCUACCACGCUGGCUGGGGAAGCAGGCGUACGAGUGCCGCGGCUGCCAGGUCAAGGUGCACAAGCAGUGCCACGUGCGCGUGGAGACGGUCUGCCCGGGCAGCACGGUACACACCAUGGAGCUGGAAUACCUGCAGACGUUGGAUGACAAACGACAGCGAAAUAUGACCCGGUAGAGGGUUCGACUAGCGCCACAAAGCGUGGGACUCGGGAACUUCAACCUUGGCGCGUUCCGACAGAUGGCGCCUGCCUAUUAGUGGCUUGCUGAGGACGCAGGACCACAGGGCACGUUUGUUUUGCUACGCUUGUGUUUUGCGACUAUUAUAUGUGUACUGUCGUAGGCCGUCACUUUUUCUGAGUGCUGCGAAGGUGCAGUGCGUAUAUCAACUUAAUCAUGAGAUCUGCAGGUUGACAACACAAGGUUUAUGGUGCAGUCGCGGGCGCAGCAAGUCGCCCUGUCUUCUCGAUCUGUUGUUUUGGCCUUCUUCAGUGUGUGCCUUUGUUGUUCGCCGAUGUAACCAAAGCGCGUGCUAGUGCUGAAUCUCGUGGCACGCGAGGGAGGCCCUCUGGAGGCCGCCGGGCGCAGGCGGACGCGGUUGGUCGUGCCCUGCUCCGCCUUGUGCGCUAGCGCCCCCUGUAUCCCUUAGAGCCACCCAGGUCUCUCUCUCUCUAACACAAUGUGAUAUUACGUACUUAACGCUUGAGUACUGUGCAAUGUUUACGUGCGGGAAUCUCCAGCAGACAGCAGUGUGGACAAUCUGGGCGGGUUGUGUUCUUUUUCUGCAUCUUUUUUAGACAUCGCUGGCUUUUGUAACGCUUCUGGGUAUGCCGUCUAUGAACCUUGGUGUGAUGUAUGGGUGGAAAGCUGUUCUGUCAACGAACUUUUUUUCUUAGUUCAGCUCCUGGCCGUCAGAUGUCGGUGGCGGUGUCGCUGCCCCGUUAGGUGGUUGUGUCUCCCGCCCAGCUCUUUGCGACCCUGGCGGUCUGUAGGUGCCGCUCUGCGAAGCGCCCUCCCGCCCCCGCCUGCGCGGGCUCCGUGAUAGGACUAGUCGCCGUCUGCCUCGCCUCGCGCCGUGCCGCCAUAACUGCCAGGCGGCGCCGGCCUCAUGUCUUCCGCCGCCAGAGGCUGCCGACCUCUCGGUGCGUUCGCCCGGAUGCCCGACGCCCCGUGCGCCUGUGCUGUGGCGGGCCCCCGGGCGGGGUCGAUUCGUCUGCGCCAGGCGCCGCUGACACAGGUGGCGCGCCGCGGCGCGGGCGCCAGCCGCGCGACGGAGCGACGCUGCAACGUUGUGCCGCCCCGUCUGGGCCAGCGCCCGGUAUUUACCCGCCGCACUUCUCGGGCGGCCGGUCCGUCGUGACGCGCACCCUUGGCCGGCCGCGAUAGUCUGCUCUUUCUGACAUCGAUGUGCCGGCUGGCAGUAGCUCCGUCGGCCGUCGGGGGCGGACAGGGCGGACAGCGGCGCGGCCGGACACCGCCCGG